AUGGGUCCCACGGCUGCCUCAUCACCUUUCUUCGUCGUAUCGCUCGCCGUCGAUGGGCCGUGGCUGGCGCUCGGUGGGCAUGGCCACGUCUCGCUUCACGACCUGCGCACCGGCAAGCGCUGCUGGCAGCAGCCCCACGCUGCGAGCGCCGCCGGCAGCGACGACAGCGCGCACCUCGUCAGCAUGGUGACGGUGUGCGCUGUCAGCGGGCACGUGGCGGCCCUCACGCCUGCCGAUGGCACGGUGAUCGUGCGCUCGCUCACUUCGGGCGACCUCCUGCACCGCGUCGACCACUUUGAGCUGCUGCGCGGCCUCUGGGGCGAGCUGACACACCUCCACGGCGGCGUGGAGGUCCACACGCCGGCUGGCCGCCUGGAGAGGAUGUGUACCUACUCGCCUGCGCGCCUCGGGCUGGAGUCCGGGCCGGAGGCGGGGCCGCUGCGCCUCGUGACCGUCGCGCAGCUCCCGGAGCCGGGGGAAGACAGAGAUGGUGAGCUGGUGCCGGCCCCGCUGGUCUCGUUGCUGUGGCUCCUUCCGACCGAGGCGGACGCCGCCGCGCCGCCGAAGCUGCUGCGGGCGCGGGAGGGUGCCAUGUCUGAGCAGGCGGGCGUGAUGGCCGAGGUCUACCUGACGCCCGGCCCGAGGGCCGACGGGCCGUACGAGCUGCUCCUUCUCGACGUGCUGACGCUGCGGCCGGUCGGCAAGGCUGUCUUGGCGCUUCGAUCCGAGCAGGCGCACGCGUUCGAUUACGACGACUGCAUGCGCAAGGCGCCGACAUUCGUCUCAAUACAGCGCAGGGGGGAGAGGAGGUGGGUCUUCGUCCUGGAAAGCCCGAAGCCGCGAUCGCAUGGAGCCGACGCAGGGGUGUAUCUCGAGGUCUGGUCGUUGCGCUCCCGCCAGUCUGCUGACGAAAUCCGCGAGUCGCACACGGCGGGUGGUGGCGGGCUGCUGCCCGCCGCCCAGAGCUUGUGCGAUCCGGAGGAGGCCCUCCGCACCGCGCCGCAGCUCGAGGCGAGCCUGCUUCAAGUGAUCGAUGUCGCAUCGCCGCUGUACAUCUGGGGCGAUGAGGACAGGUCGCCCGUGCUGCGCCUGGAAUGGCCGAGCUUCGACCGGCACCGCUCGGCGUGGCUCGUGUACCAGCACACGGUCCGCGUCAACGGCAUCGAGCGCCCGGGGCUGCUCCACCUCGACUCUGGCGAGCGGCAUCUGGGCGCGGAGGGCGCCUACGUGGGCGACUGCUUCGAGGCGAUGAAGACGGCACCGCGCGUGCCGGCCUGCACCGACCUGCGCUUGCUGUGGGCCGACGCGGCGAGUGAGCCCGCGCCCUGGCUGCUGCUUGAGCGGCCAGGCGAGUCGCGCUCUGGUGCUACGGAGGUCGUCAGGUUCGAGUGCUGGCAGCUGACGGCGGAGGGCGAGGAGGGAGAGGGGGAGGGGGAAAGUGGGGGCGAGGAGGGCGAGGAGGGCGAGGAGGAGGGCGAGGAGAGGGGCGAGGACGGGGCGACAUCCGGCCGCCUGCGUAAAGGUCCCGCGCUUCGCACCACGCACGCGAGUGCUGCGAUGCGACAGCUGAUGGGCAGCACCCCUGUUCCCCUCGAGCUUGUUCGCAUGGCACGCAGCGAGCCGCUGGUGACCGCCGCCAGCUGGCGUUGGCUUGUGCUACUCGACAUGCAUGGCGUGCACAUUCUGGACUUCGGAGUCGGCGGCUUCCGUGGACGCUGA